AUGGCUCGCGGGGGUCGUAGGAGACGACCCAAGAAAGCCCUGGCGCUCCACGUCUCGGUGUUCAACGCCAUGCCCCUGCCCUCGGAGAGGGACUGGGCGGAGCUGCCCAUGGACCUGCUCUUGCACAUCCUCCACGUCCACAAGCUGGAGGACCAGGUGGAGCUCCUGCUGGGCGGCGCGGCGGGGACGUGCCGCUCAUGGCGCCACGCGGCGCGGGGCGAGCCCGAGCUGUGCGCGGGGCAGUGCGAGUCCUUCGCGGCCGAACACGACGUCAACGACGACCUCCUCCUCUUCCUCGCCGAGCAGGCACCCUUGCUAAAGGGCCUUCGUCUCAUCGCGUGCUACUAUGUAUCCUAUGAAGCAUUUGCAGAGGCCAUACAGAAAUUCCCUCUACUUGAGGAGCUUGAGCUUUCGCACUGUAAUCAUAUCAGUGGCCACGGGGCGCUCAAGCUUGUCGCGAAAGCAUGUCCACACAUAGAGCACCUCAAAUAUGCCAAACCAAUCUACAACUGGAUGCAUCAAGGAGGCCAUAUGACCAACGAGGAAGCCUUGGCAGUUGUAGGAAUGCACAAUCUGUGGUCCCUUGACCUUUCAAGUGAUUCCGUGAGCAAUGAAGCUCUGACAACCAUCCUCGACAACUGCCCUUACCUAGAGUAUCUUAACAUACGCGGUGGCCUUACCAACAUGGAUGACAUCUUACGAGCGAAGUGUGCCCAAAUAAGUAUGAAUGACUAUGAGCACUUUGAGCGCAGCAACCCUGUUAGAUGCCGUUAUCCGUACACAUUUUAG